GAAGACAACUAAUUAAGUUUUUCUGUAUGGAAAAUCAAUUUGUCAGUGUUUUUGGAAGACAUAUAAUGCAUUUUUCUCCAGCAAAAGGUACCUAUUCUUGUGUAUUCAAAGGUGAAAAUGCAGAUGACAUGUUGUCUGAGAUUCUUGGAGACCAACAAUGGGACACGAGAUAUUAUGAAGCCAGACAAUGUGCUUAUGUUGUCUUGUACAUGGAAGGUUGGGAUUAA